AUGUUCGACUUCGGCGUAUUUAAUAUUAUCUUGUCACCCUUGAUAAACCGUCAGCAGUUGGCGCGACCCGUAGAGGCAAGUAUUUCUCCCGUAGUCGAUAUUGCGAUGAAAGUGAACAAGAUCCAAAAGGAUGACCUAGAACCGUUGAAAGAGCUGAGCACACGCAUUGCUCGCGCAUUAAAGAAGAUCGUUAAACUGGAAACUAGCAGGCACAGGGCAGCAGUUGCUGUACGAUUGGAGAAUUUGGAUUUGAUGGAGGAUAGACGUUUGUUGAUGCAACUCAGAAACUAUUCACAGGUUUCAACCGGCACACAGACAUUUGUUGAAAAGAAACCAUGCCGCGUCAGGUUUGUAAUACCUCCAGUGACAUGGGAAGAAGAGACGAUGAAUGAGAUUUGGAUGUACCCAAAAAUGAUAAUACCGUAUUUUACAAAAAUUUGGGUGAUUGCAAAAUUUAUUAUGAAACAUUUAAAAAAUCCAGUUAUAUUGCGCAAUAUGGCCGCAAAAAUAUAUGUGGGAUUUGGAAAACUAAUUCAAAUAACAACGACAAUCGAUAUUCCAAAUAACACUACUACGAUAAACUUCAGAGGUUUUCCACGGCACACCACAUAA